AUGUCUUAUCCCAAAAGCACUCGCGAAUACCGCUCAAACGACGUCAAAGGCUGGAAGGUUGGAGACCGCGUCUCUCCGAACUUCUCGCUCGACCAUCUCGAUGGCGACACGAACCCGGACAUCUUUGUCACCAGUCUCGGAGCCCCUAUCGAUGGAGUACUAAGGGAGUACAUAAAGGUUCCUGCUCAUUCGCUGGUUCGCAUCCCCGAGCACCUUUCGUACGAGGAAGGAUCAACGCUCCCGUGUGCAGCUCUGACCGCUUAUAACGCCCUUCAUGGCCCGAAGCCCUUGAAAGGAGGAGACACGGUCCUUAUCCUCGGAACUGGCGGCGUCUCUAUCUUCGGCCUUCAGUUCGCAGUCGCUUCCGGAGCGGAGGUCAUUGUGACCUCUUCGUCAGAUGAGAAGCUCAAGGUUGCGAGGCAGCUCGGGGCGCACCAUACAAUCAACUAUAAGACCACUCCGGAUUGGGACAAGGAGGUUCUAAAAAUCACUGGUGGGAGAGGCGUCGAUCACACUAUCGAGGUUGGGGGCCCAGGGACCAUACAAAAGUCUGGAAACGCAACGAGGAUGGCUGGCUAUCUUCAUAUCAUUGGUUUUGUUGCAUCGGGUGACAACUCAAUCACCAUUCCCGCUGUUGUCCAUAAAGCACAUAUAUACCGCGGUAUCCUGAUAGGCUCAGUCGCACAAUUUGAGUCUAUGAACCGCUUGAUUAAGGCGCAGAAGAUCAAGCCCGUCGUCGACAAGGUCUUCCCCUUCGAGCAGACCAUCCAAGCCUAUUCGUACCUGGAGUCGCAGCAGCAUGUUGGCAAGGUCGUGAUUAGGGUUUCGAAGGAUUAAAUGUACCAUUGCGACCAAACUUCAGUUGCGCUCUCAAAAUCAUGUAUAAAC